AUGGGCACCUCGGUCGCGGUCAUCCUCGCCUUCGCGGUCGUCCUCUUCCUUGCGCGGGCAACCCAUGCCGAGAUCAGGACAACGCUCAUCGUGUCGGACGCGCGGCCCCUGAUCCUCUUCGAGCAGUUUGGCUUCGCGCGAGGCGGCAAGGCCGCCCUCUCCAUCCGCCGCUCGGCAUGGAACCUCCGGCCAGGGUCACGCCUCAACGGAGUCGACCCCACCCUCAUGGGAUUCGUCCUCAUCUCGGGAGCGCAGUUCCCGAAGAUCAACAACGCGUCCCAGUACGCCGCCGCCGACCCCGGAGGCGGCAGCUUCUGCGUGCUCACGAGCGGGUUCGCUGUCCCGAUGAUCCGGCUGAGCGACGUGCCGCCUGGAGGCGCCACCAGCAUCCUGAGCAUCGACGACCCCGACGAGUACGCGGUGGUGUUCAACAACUGCCAGGAGGGCGCGGAGGUGACCAUGGACGUGCGCACCGAGAUGUACAACGUGCGGGGCGGCGUCCCCGACGGGCUGAGGGACUACCUCCCCGUGGGGCUCCAGCCGCUGCCCAACAUCUACACCGUGGUGUCGGUGGUCUACUUCGUGUUCCUGGCGGUGUGGGUGUGGACGUGCCUGCGGAAGCGCGCGGCGGCGGAGCGGAUCCACGUGGUGAUGGGCGCGCUGCUGCUGUUCAAGGCGCUCAAGAUGGCGUGCGCGGCGGAGGACACGUGGUACGUGGAGUCCACGGGCACGCCGCACGGCUGGGACGUCGCCUUCUACGUCUUCGGCUUCUUCAAGGGCGUCCUGCUCUUCACCGUCAUCGUGCUCAUCGGCACCGGCUGGUCCUUUCUCAAGCCCUACCUCCAGGAGCGGGAGAAGAACGUGCUGAUGAUAGUGAUCCCGCUGCAAGUGAUCGAGAACCUGGUGCUGGUGGUGAUCGGGGAGACGGGGCCGACGGGGCGGGACUGGGUGGUGUGGAACCACGUGUUCCUGCUGGUGGACGUCAUCUGCUGCUGCGCCGUCUUCUUCCCCAUCAUCUGGUCCAUCCGGGGCCUGCGCGAGGCCUCCAAGACCGACGGCAAGGCGGCGCGCAACCUCCACAAGCUCACCCUCUUCAAGCGCUUCUACAUCGUCGUCGUCGGCUACCUCUACUUCACCCGGAUCAUCGUCUCCGCCUUCCUCGCCGUGCUCAACUACAAGUACCAGUGGGGCGUCAAUGUCGCCGUCGAGGCCGCCAGCUUCGCCUUCUAUGUCUUCGUCUUCUACAACUUCCAUCCGGUGGAGAAGAACCCGUACCUGUACGUUGGCGACGACGAGGAGGAGUCCGCCAGUGGACAGCUCGAGAUGGACGAGCGUGCUUUCUAA